AUGACCAAGAUUUCAACGCUACUGUCGGCCGUGUUCUUAGCCAUUGGAGGUUUCCUCUUCGGCUAUGAUAGCGGUAUCAUCACCUCGACCAUCGGCCAGAAUGAAUUUAUCAAAUAUUUCGACAAUCCCAGCGACAAUGUCACCGGCGGCAUCGUUUCUGCGUUCCAAGGAGGCGCUAUCUUGGGUACCAUUAUCAAUGUAUUCACUGGUGACCGUCUCGGUCGCAAGCUCUCUGUGUUCGCAGGUGCUUGUGUGUCUUGCUUCGGAUGCGCUCUGCAGGCCGGUUCGGUGAAUAUGGUUAUGUUGAUCAUUGGUCGAUUCAUCGCCGGUGUCGCUGUUGGUAUGCUCACUUCAGUUGUGCCAAUGUACGCCGGUGAGAUGGCUGAGUCUUCGACUCGUGGUAUGAUGUCUGGUCUGUUGCAGUGGAUGCUGAGCUGGGGUUAUCUUAUUGCUCAGUGGUUGGGAUAUGGAUGUUCGUUUGUGGACAAUCCUUUCCAGUGGCGCUUCCCGCUUGCAUUCCAGUGCAUUCCUGGUAUCAUCCUGGCCUGUGGUAUUUGGUUCUUGAAUGAAUCACCCCGCUGGCUGAUGGAGAAGGACCGACACGAUGAGGCUCUUUCUACCCUGCAAAGUCUCCAUGGAGAUGGAACUGCAGAGAAGGAUCAAUACAUCGAGCUCGAGUUCCAAGAGAUUCGCGACGCCAUCGAGGCCGAGCGCGCCUCAACCAGUAUCACUUGGACUUCAAUCCUCACCAAGCCCUCAUGGCGUCGUCGCCUUAUUCUUGGUUGUGCUGUCCAAGCCUUUGGUCCCUUGUCCGGUAUCAACGUGAUCAACUACUACGGAACUCGCAUCUACGCUGCUUUGGGAAUUGACACCCACACUUCACUCAUGAUCAUCGGUAUCUCUGGUGCACUGUCCAUCGUAUACUGCACUGGAGGUCUCUGGGCGCUCGAGCGAGUGGGUCGCAUCAAGCCUCUCAUCAUCGGCUCCGCGGGAAUGGCCCUCGCCCUCGUCGCCAACGCCGCCAUGUCCCAGCACUACGAUGAAACUAACCAAAACCAGCUUCGAGCCAUGGUCGCAAUGAACUUCGUGUUCAGCUUCUUCUACACUUUCAUCGGUAUCAUCUCCUGGGUGUACCCGGCCGAGAUCUUCCCUGUCGAUAUUCGCAACCAGGGUAACUCCGUUACGACUUUUACGAACUGGACUAUCAACUUGGUGUUUGCUCAGUUCUCUCCAACCGCGCUUACCAAUAUUGGUUUCCGCUAUUUCUAUGUCUUCUUCGUUUUCAACAUCAUUGCUGCGAUCUGUUAUGUCUUCUUCUUCCCGGAGACUAAGGGAAAGACACUGGAGCAGAUGGAUUUGUUGUUUGGAGAUAGCAAUACUCCUCCGGAGCUUGAUGAGAAAAAGAUGGCUCAGGUGGUUGUUGAGCAUGCAGAAUAA